AUGAGCCGUCGCAACAACGUUCGCGGUCCUACAUCCGCUCUUACCGAAUUCCUGCGGGAAUCGGGGAUCACACCUACCACCAUCGCCAGAAGAGCACGGACACGUCAGGUUCCACAGGAUCAGCCUACGGCGGGUCCUAGUAACCAAGCUCAGGGAGAGCAGGAGGGCGGCAACGAGGAUUCGGAGAUGGCGGAGGCUCAGGAGAAUGGGGGGUACGCCUCCGAUGACCUCGAUGAGCCAGAAGAGGACGAACCGCCCCCGAAGAAACAGAAAAUUUCCAGGGCUGCCGCAGCGAAGCAGAAGGCCGCGGAGAAAGCCAAAGCGAAGGGAAAGGGCAAGAAGGGAAAGAAGGGCGACGAGGACGACGACUACGAGGACGACGAAGAUGACCCGUACUCAGCCCUCUCGAAGAUGUGGAAGAACGAUGUGUCGAAACCACCGGUCGGCAGUUUCGAGGACUGCGUCAGAUGCAGCAAGCAGUUUACUGUGACGAAGUACACCAUGGCCGCAAAUCCUCCGCCAGGGUGGCUCUGCCACAACUGCGCGAAAUCAUCCGGCGCCGACCCGUUCAAGAAGCCUGCGGCGGCGCGGAAACGCAAGACCGCAUCAGACAAGCGCACUGUUGUGAGCUACGAGGAGCGUCGAUUCCCGAGCCUGGCUUCGGUGUGCAUACAGGUGAUCACUAAGCACAUUGACGACGUCGACGCACUCGGAGAUAUUGGAGGUAUGAACAUGGACGAGAUUGCGAAGGCACUCGCAAACAACAGGAGCUUGAACGCGGAGAACGUGAUGCUGUUUUACAACAUAGAGAAUGAACAGCUUACACUGUAUGAUGUUACUAAUCUCACUCCGCCCGCUCUUUGCGCACUUGCGUCGCUAAACCCUAACCUAACUUCCUUACGACUUGAUUUCUGUGGCCGGAUGGAUGACUCCGUAGCAGCCGAAUGGGCGACGUCCUUGCCACACCUCAAGCGCAUCGAGCUCCUUGGGCCUUUCCUCGUCCGUGCGCCUUCGUGGCAGAAUUUUUUCCGCGAACACCCCAGUCUCGAAGGCUUCCUCAUCACGCAGAGUCCUCGGUUCGACCUGGAGUGCAUGAAUGCGCUUGUGAAGAAUUGCAACUUGAACCUGAAGGAGCUGCGACUGAAAGAAGUUGGAAAGAUGGCCGACAACCUCCUCGAGUGCCUGGAUCCCCUCAACACUCAGCUUACGUACCUAGACAUCUCGUACCCUGGAAUCGGCGACGCGCUGUCAACGGUGGCGAUUAUCGACCUGCUCGGGCGCAUUGGCGGCCCGCUCGAGCACCUCGACCUCUCCGGGAACCUAAACGUCACCGACGCCGUCCUAUUCCAAGGCAUCAAGCCCUAUGCACGCAACCUCUCUGCGCUUGCGCUCGCCGACUGUGUCGACCUGACCGACGCAGGUGUCGCGGAGUUCUUCGGGACUUGGAGCGCGGGUGCAGUCGCGGCGCUCGACUUUUCGCGCAUCCCCGAGCUCUCGGACGCAGCGCUUGGGGCCCUGCUCAAUCACUCGGCCGCGAGCCUCACGCGGCUGAGCAUCAACGGGUGGAAGGACCUCUCGGACACGGCGCUGCAGGCCCUCCCGAAGAUGGCCGACGGCUUGCGUCGGCUCGACGUGAGCUGGUGCCGGGCGGUGGACGACUGGUUCGUGAAGAGCCUGCUGGAGCAGUGCUCCGAGCUCGAGGACCUCAAGGUGUGGGGCUGCGGGCGACUGACGGCUCACUGCGCGCGCAAGCGUGGGGUCAAUAUCGACGGCAUUGAGCUCUCCGUCCUUUAG